AUGAAAAUUACAUUCGCUGAUCCACAAAAUCGAAAUACUUUUAUUCAUACUGGUUUACAAGUGGAUUCAAUGCAUUUUAUAGCUGAAGCAGCAAAUCAAAACACCAAACCUGUGCAAUGCUAUAUAUGUUUGAAAUACAACCAUGUGGCAAAAUACUGCAAAAUGAAGCAACAGAUAUGUGCUCGAUGUGGUGAAAAUCAUCGCAUUGAACAAUGUACUGCUGCUAGUGAUGUAGUAAAAUGCUGUAAUUGUAAAGGUAGUCAUGUAGCAACAUCAAGUGAAUGUGCAACUUAUAAAGAACAGGAGAAAAGAAUUAACAAUUUAAUUAAUGAAUAUUCAGCUCCAAAUACACCAACAAAAACAGCUCCAGCCAUUCAUGACUUAAACGAAUUUCUAUCGCUACCAAACCUCUUACAACAUCAACAAGAACACAUUCAUAAUAAAUUAUUCGAUGAAAUUAUCAAUGUAUUAAGCAGCAAAAUGGAAAAGAUUAUCGAAGAAACAACCAGCCGACUAUUCCAGACGCUACUUAAGAAGAUGAAAAAGAUCGAAAACUUCAUCGAAACACACGACAACAACGUUAAAGGUGCCUUGAUUAUCUCGGAUUCUGAUUCAGAAGAAGAAAGUCAAGUAGUUAAAUACAUUAGAAACAAGCAAAAACAAAAGGUAGCAAUAACCAAAUUAACCACCUCAGCAGCUGAUACAUCAAGCAUACCAACAACAACUUCAAACGUAACUUCAACAAAACCACCACGAAAAGCUAAAGAAGGAUCAAAACCAACCAAAAGAAUUCGAACACCCAACAGCUCCUUAGAUGCAUCGACGUUUGAUAGCAAAGACCUCAAAACAAGCAACAACGAUGAUUAG